UAUUCCAGCUGGGAAAAGUUUGCAGAAGUUUCCUGAGGUUCGGGCUGCAGGAAUGUCGGAACCGGACAGCAGCGCGCAUGCGCCUGGAGCGCCGGCGGAGAAGCUGCAGAUUCCGAACGGAGGAAAAGCUGCAAGUAAAGAGGACUUUGAUCUUGCUGCCGUCUACGUCUCUGAUGCUCAGUUCAACAGGAACAUCUACUUUGACACAUCGCCCCAGGCCGUCAGGCUCUAUCUUCUCUACAACCACUGGAUCUUCAAGCUGCUUCUCUACGUUUUCAUCCUGGUCAACUUGUUCCUGGCUGUUUUUGAGGAGCCGGCCGUGCUGCCGUUACCGACCUGGGCCACCAUGCUGGUAGAACUGCUCUGCCUCGUCGUCUUCUCCGUCAGACUCGUCCACUACGCUCUGGUGAUUCCUAGAGAAAAGUUCUGGAAGGAUCCCAAGAACAUCUGCAUCAUCGUCAUCCUGGCGCUCACCCUGGUGGACAUGAUCGUGUACGGAGCGCUGAAAGCGGCCGACUGCUACAGCAUCCGCUUGUCCCGGGUCCUGCGUCCUCUACUGCUGGUCAACGUGACGGAGGGACGGCAGCUCCGCCGAGCGUUCAGGAGCAUCCGGAACGCCGUGCCCCAGAUCUUCUACGUCUUCCUGCUCUUCAUGUUCAGCCUCCUCAUCUUCUCCCUGAUGGCCCUGAAGCUGUUCGGCAGCCGAAAGCUGAAGACGAUCAACGGAGCUCCGUACUUCACCAAGUACCUGGACAUCGUGUUUGAGCUGUACGUGCUCGUCACCACGGCCAACAGCCCCGACGUCAUGAUGCCGGCGUACAACGCCAACUCAGUGUUCGCCAUCUUCUUCAUCCUGUACAUCCUCAUCAACACCUACAUCUUCAUGUCGGUGUUCCUGGCGGUCGUUUACAACAACUACAAGAAGCACCUGAAGGAGGAGGUUCGUCAGCUGGUCCGGGCCAAGCGGCACAAGAUGGUGCGAGCGUUCUCCGUCCUGCAGGAGCGUCGUGACGACGCCGGCACCAGCGAUGUUGGCGAGCCAGCCGUGAGCCAGGACAGCUGGAACCGGCUGGUCCGGCUGGUGCAGCCCGACAUCAGCAACGGCCACCGGGAGCUGCUGUGGAGGGUUAGCGACUCCAGCAGCCGCGGAGCCAUCGGUAAGGCGGCGUUCGUCCAGCUGGCCGACCUCCUGAACAUCGAGGUGAUCACGCUCAAGUGUCGGCCUCAUCCGUUCAGCCGCUGGUUCCCGGCCGUGUACCGGUCGGCGCCGAGCCGGCUGGUCUGCAGGAUGGUGCAGCACCGGGGCUUCGUCAUCACGUACGACCUGAUCAUCCUGGUGAACGCCGUGUUCAUCGGGCUGGACGAGGGCAGCGCUCUCAUCGCCCACUCGGAGUGGGUUUUCCUGGCGCUGUACGUGCUGGAGCUGCUGCUGAAGCUGUACGUGUUCGAGCCCAAGGCCUUCUUCUCCCGCCGCCACCGCUUCUGGAACUGGUUUGACACCAUCAUCGUGGUCUCCGCCCUCAUCGCCACCAUCAUCAACACGGCCCUGAAGUCCUCGGCGGGAUACACCAGCCGGCAGAUCCUGGACAUCGUCUUCAUCCUGCGAGUCCUCAGACUGAUCCGGGUGGUGGACAGCAUCAACAAGUUUCGCGCCAUCAUCAACACGCUGGUCCGGAUCGGCCCGGCCAUCCUCACGUUUGGACAGCUCAUCGUUGUGAUUUACUACAUCUUUGCCAUGGUGGGGAUGGAGCUGUUCAAGAACAAGAUCCAGUUCUUCUCCGACCCCAACGACCCCAGCAGGGUUUUCUGCGGGAACCCUCUGUUGAACCGGACGGACUUCGCGAAGCUCGACUACUGCAAGAACAACUUCAACAACGUGGCGUCGUCCUUCAUCCUGCUGGUGGAGCUGACGGUGGUCAACCAGUGGCACGUGCUCAGCAGCGGCUUCGCCGCCGUCACCCACGUGUCGGCCCGGAUCUUCUUCGUCCUCUUCCACAUCGUGGUCGUCAUCGUCAUCAUCAACAUCUUUGUGGCGUUCGUCCUGGAAGCGUUCUUCGUGGAAUACUCGGUGGACAAGAGCGACCUGCAGACGUCUCUGGAGAAGAAGAUCAAGGAGCUGGAGCUCGCCGUGGCGCAGGAGAAGAUGGAGUAUAACCUGGUGAACGCCAUGGAAACCAUGGACAACGACCUCGGCGCGGGAACCGGCCCCCCGGCAGAAAACCUGCCCACCCUCAUGUUUAAAAUCGCCUCCAAAAGAUACAAGACCGUGGACGCCUUGCUGCAGCGGAUGUUCGAGGCCGAUCUGGACCCCGAGGACUUUGCGGAGAACGACGACCCUGAAGCUCCGGGAGCCGAAAGCUUCGCCAACCCUUCGUUCAGCCAGGCCUAGGCGGAAACUCGGCCUAGGCAGAAACU